AACGUUUCCCUCUGAUGGUACACCGAGAUACGGACCACGACGAUUUUGGUCGUCAGUCCGCUUCGUCAGUUGCGUGAGCACCUGAGAGUGUAUUUUGGGUCUUGGCAGGAAGAAACAGGACAAUGCACAGUACCUUUCUGUCCACAUAAAGUUCGUUUGCCCCCCACUCAGAUCUCUCAGAUCUCGCCCAGGAAGAUGUGAAAGCGAACAAUGAAGUCAUUGUCCACUGGGACGUUGUGCUUGGCAAUGGUCAAGUCGGCAUGGAUGAAGGGCCCUGACGUGGGUACCUGCAUACGGUGGUUCGACGAAACGGCCGCAAUAACUGUUGAAGGGGGAGGUUGUGCGUGGUCAGCGAGGAGUCGGAUUCGAGAGAUGGGCAGCUUCCUCCGCUUCCGCUGUCAAACACGGCAGUUUUUUGACAGAUGCAAAUGUGGUGGCGUAACUGGUUAUGAAGAGCAGCCGCCUGAUAUAUCAAGCCGAAGCCCAUUCUGCGAUGAUCCUGGAGCUGUGUAGUUGUCUCGUCGCCGUGGUUGAUGUGGAAAGCUUCUAG